AUAACAAAACGUGGUUAUACAGUGUCGUAGUGUAAAUGGCGUAAUGUAUUUAUGUCUGGAUUUACCAGUGAGCGACUAAGUAUGUUUUGACGUCAAUGAACAGACUAUAUAUGUCCAUGGCUGUUUUAAAAAAAAUAUGCAUCUGCGAUUGUUUAUCUUCCGGUAUACGCAGUGUUGUUGUUGUUGUUGUUGUUGUCUUGGAAGAUUGGCGUCGUGGCCUCACGUGAUGAACGGGUUUUGACCAUAAAAGAAAAGUUAUUGAGCUAUUACGUCGUUGGAAAGUUUGGGAACAAACAACCUCAAUAAUAACCUUUUCUGCCAAGUCAUUCCGUGCGUGAAUUAUACAGUGAAAUCAACAAGGGUCGCGUCUGCUGAUGUUGUUGUUCCCAGCAUCUCAUUGGCUGGAAACCCUGGGCUCGUUUGAGGCUCGCAAUCAGUCCCGCCUCUCAUAUUCCCGAAACUGUUGGCUGUGCUGGACAACAACAUGCUCAGAGAUAAUAAGAUUCAAUGACCCCUUUCUUCAGGUAAUUCGGCUCAAGUGUAUUUAGCCCAGCAACAGUAGAAAGAAGCAUGGAUGAAAAACCAGGUGAUUGGGACUGGGAAGAUGGGAUAUCUAGAGGAUUUCAGCAAAUGGUCCAGAUCCAAGACAAGGAAACGGGAGAAUGCUGGACGGUGGCUAAGGAAACAGACUGCAUGGGAGCCUGUGGUGAAUCCAAGGCUAUGUGCAGCAGAAUAAAACAAAGCGUCAGCAGUUGGAAGAUUCCAAAGGAAUACUCGUUGCUCGGCAGCAGUUCAUCUUUCAAAGCCGAAGGUGUCCAACCAGUAUUUACCACAGUGGAUUCUGACGUACAGAUGAAUAGCAGCUGGACUUGUGAAAACGAUGAUUCAUCUGAUCAAACUGCCAUCAUAGCCACAUUCCCCUCGCCAGGUAAGUUACCUGCUUUCUGCCGUAAACGGCGUUGCUCCGUCAGUGCUGCUGCUGCUGCCAAAAUCGAUUCAUCCGCCAAACCGACCAAGAAUCCUGUGGGAAACAGUGCAAUUGAGCGCUUUCUGGAGGGGCGGGAGAGGUUAUUGUUUGUCGGGCGCCUACUCUUCGCUUUCCUUGUGCUCCUCAGCCCGGGCUACUUCUUCCCCCUGCUCUUCUUCAUCCGUACCUACUGCCACUUCUGGAAGCACAACGCCUCCGUCGACCAAGAAGAAGAAGUGUUUGAAAGAACCCACAGUGGGCCCUUCAGCUUCUUUCACGCCAAGGCCUUUCUAAAGUACAGCUGCCGCCUGUGCAGGGAAAAGAUUAAAACGGAGAAAAUGUUCCGCAUUCAUUCGAAAAUCGGAUCCAGUAGCUCCUUCCACAAAACUGCUGCCUUCUCAGAGCCCCAAGUUCAGGAUUACAGUGAUGAUUGCCCGCACAACCAUUUAUAUUAACCAACAUGACAACAUAACCAACGAAAUUUUUUUUUACUUAAACGGUACCUACUUUUGACUUAUAUGGUAGUUGCCUAGUACCCACAUGACUAAAUAAGUUUAUAUAUUUUUCCCUUUUACAUUUUAAAAAAUAGUUUGUCCCUCGAACAAAGUAAUUGGGGUGGCGGUUUUUUUGUGAAAUAAUUGACAAUUUGGCUUAAGGAAUUAAAUAUUUCAUGUUCGUCUCAAAAAUGUAUCAAUACAAGAAAAAAGAGAAAAU